AUGUUAAAUCCAAAAGAUAAUGUUCUAUCGGAUAUUCUACCUGUUGUAUCUACUACUUCGCCGGUUGAAGUUAAGUCAUCCAUAACAAAAAAUUCAGGUUUGCUUGAUGAAAUUUUAGGUGAAUUGAAUACUACAACUGGAAAAACUAAUUCAAAUAACGAUUUUGACGAUUUAGUGUUAAAUGCAGAAUUAUCGAAAUUGUUAGAAACUUCUUCAAGCACACAAAUACAAACAACUUCCACUUCAACAUUUUCAAAUAAUAAUAAUAAUAAUAAUAAUAAUAAUAAUAAUAAUCAACCUUUAAAACGAUUUAAUUUGUCAAGAUCUUUAUCAAAUAAUUUAAAUAAAAGUGUAUCAAAUAACGAAUCACUUAAACAAAAUGGUAGUUUAGGAACUCAUAAGCCAUUAGAUAGUGAGAGUGAAAGUGAUAGUGAAUCAAGUGAUAGUAGUAGUGAUAAUAAGAAAAAAUCGAAAAAGAACAAGAAAAAUUCAAAAAAUAAAAAAAUUCAAUCAUCAUCAUCAUCUAGUGAAUCUGAAGAUAGUUUUACAAAAUUAAAAAAAGCUGUAAUAACAAAAAAUAAUUCAAACGUUCUGAAUGGAAAAAAAAUUAUGAAUCCUGCUGUUCAACAACGAAAAGAAACUGUUCAAAAAAUUAAUAAUAUUGAAAAUUGGGUUCAAGAAGUUGAUCCAAAAGAAGGUGAAAAUAAUAUUUUAGAUCGUAUGAAAGAUAGACAUCGUGCGGAAGCUAGGGCACCACCGCCACCCCCACCACCUCCACCUCCACCACAGGAUGUUGAUAGAUAUAAUGAUUAUGAUAGUCGUGAUCGAUAUGAUAGAUAUGAACGAAAUGAUAGAUAUGAUCCUUCAUACCCACGAGACGCGAGGGAUCGAGAUGACUAUUAUGAUCGUGAUUAUAGAGAACCAUAUUCCGAAGAUUCACGUGAUAUAAGAGAAGAUCGUAGGUAUGAUAUAAGAGAUCGGGAUGAUUAUCGCCGAGAACCUCGUCCAAGAAAUAAGCAUGAAGACGAUGUUAGACCUAUUUAUGAUGAUCGUUAUGAUCGUUCGGGAAAUAAAAAAUAUCCACGUGAAAGAAAUCGUGAUUAUGAAAGAGGCGUUUCUUCAAAUAGUGACCAUUCUGGGGAUCGUCAUAAUAAUGGAACUAGAAUAGUUCAACCACCUUCACAUAGAAGAUAUUCAUCAGCCUCAUCUAUUUCUACUUCGUCAACUACAAGUGAUUCACAAAUAGGUCAAAGAUAUCGGAAUAGCUCUCAAAUUUCUCAUAGCCGUCCUAUAAAUAAUAAAAAUAGAUCAAAUUUUACAAGAAAAAUCAGAGAAGAACCUCUUGAAGAAGUAAGUUCUCUUUCUCGUCAAUCAUCAAUGUCUUCAAGAAGUAAUGAUCAUGAUCAUUUGGCUAGUAAAAGAUCAUAUAAGAAUUCAAAACAAAUACAUCGUUCUUCAGUUUCCUCAAAAGAAAGUUCAGAUGAAGAGAAUGAAGUGGAUAGAGAAAAAGAUCAUAUAAGGUCAAUUCUCAGAACAAAUUUAAGAGUACCAGCUGACCCAACAGCUCGUGACUCUAUUCUUUCAGUAGAUAGUGAUAUUGUUCCAUUAGGUAAAAAAUACGGAAUAAAUACAAGUAAUAUACCUGAUUCAAUACAUGAAGACUUGUCACAUGAAUCACGUGAAUCAUCGGACGAAGAUGAUGACGAUGCACCCCUAAAAAUUCCCACUAGUACAGUAAAAAAUAAUCCUAGAUCAAAAUUAAGAGCUGCCUAUCAACCAUCAUCAUCAUCAUCUGAUGAUGAUGAUACAGAUGAAAGAUCAAACGAUGAUGAAACAAAACAACCACCAAGAGGUAAAACACUGUCACCUCAACAAUCACGCGCUGCUUUGCCACCACAUAUCCGGGAUCGGAAACAUGAACAUUCACGUUCUAAUAGUUAUGAUUCAAAUGGAUAUCGGGAUCGUGACGAAUGGCAUCAUCAUCCCCCUCCACCACAUGGAAUACGCGAAAAACCUGUUAACAGAUAUCCUUUGCCACCACAUCCACCUCAUCAAUAUCGCGAUGAACCCCCAUACGACCUCCCACCUUCAAAACAUGUUCCAUAUCCCUACCGUGAAGAAAUCCCAUAUGAUGGAUCUCGUUCUAAAUAUGCAAAUUAUCCAUUACCUCCAGAACCUCAACCACUUGAACUUACACUAGAAAACCAUAAAAAAGUUCCGCUAAUUGAGAUGGCAGGAUAUCGCUAUGACCAAAAUAAGCGUAAUCCAAAAUUACAAAAUCAGACAGUUCAGCCAUACACUGCAAAUUUGGAGCGUAUGGGUCCUUCAUCACCGCCAAACCGAAAUUCAAAUCGUGGUUAUAAUUCCCGUGAACGAGAGCGAUACCCACCUCAAGAACGAGGUGAGUACCCACCACCACGUCGAGGUAACAAUGUUUAUGAUGAUCGAAGUGAUCGAAGUGAUUAUGCACCUCCAAGAAGUAAGAAUGGUUAUGAUGAUCGAAGUGAUUAUGCACCUCCAAGAAGUAAGAAUGGUUAUGAUGACCGAAGUGAUUAUCGUGAAAGAGAGCGUGAUACGGAUAGAUAUGAUCGGUACAAUGAUCGAUACAAUGAUAGGUACAAUGAUAGGUACAAUGAUAGGUACAAUGAUCGGUACAAUGAUAGGUAUAAUGAUAGAUAUAAUGAUAGGUAUAAUGAUAGAGAAAGACACGAUAGAUAUGGUGAUAGAUAUUAUGACUAG